CUGAAUGCUCUCCUAGAAAAGGGUUCCGCGGGUGGCUCUACAAAGAUCUCCAUCAAUGAUUUCAUUGUCAAGGCAUCUGCUCUGGCAUGCCUCCGCGUACCUGAAGCGAACAGUUUUUGGAUGGACACCUUUAUCCGUCAGAAUAACAACGUUGAUGUAAGCGUUGCUGUCAGCACUCCAUCCGGCUUGAUAACUCCAAUUAUCUUCAAUGCUCAUGCUAAAGGUCUCGCCACUAUAUCCGCUGAGGUGAAAGAGUUAGCUGCACGCGCAAAGGAAGGCAAACUUCAGCCACAAGAGUUCCAGGGCGGUACUUUCACUGUCUCGAAUCUUGGUAUGUUUGGCAGCGUCACUGAUUUUACUGCUAUAAUCAAUCCUCCACAAUCAUGUAUCCUUGCCAUCGGUGGAGCUGAGACAAAGAUGGUCCCAUGUGAAGAAAAUGGGUACGUCCUCUGA